AACAGAAUCACAAGUUGGUUUGAAGGCCAACAAACUCAAUCUAAAUUCGCCACAAGGCAUGUUUCUUUCAAGUUGACACUGAUCAGGCGAUUUGGACAAGUUUUGCACUUGAAAGAUCCAAGAUGGCCAUAGUUGGCGAGAUGGACAUUCCCUACAGUGUACCACCUUCCGCUUCCCGACACAUCUGCAAUUAAUAGCCUAUCUGACAGCUGAUGAUGGGGACGUGUAUAUUUACCUGUCCGGGUCCCAACAGGUAACUGUUUACCUGAGCAGUGGAUUGGCUUUGUUACCUGUGUGGGAUGUUGAGCACUCGGCUGGAGUCGGCAGUAGCUGUGUUGUACCUGAAGUAGAAAGUCGUGAUUGUGAGUCGGUGGGAGUUUGGAGGUAUUUAUUUCUAACACUGGGACUGUUUAUUCAAGAAUAUUCAAGUUGGAGUUUUGUGAUACUCAGAAGAUAUUCAGAAAUUGGAUUUGACGAAAAAGUGAAUUUGUGGAUUCUUUGGUAUCUUGUGGAUUCGUCUGUUGAAUAAUUCAGCUGUUGUCGGAGUCGCGCGGAUACAUUCAUCUGGAUACCAAACAAAGAAAUAUCGGAGUCUGGAUUUGUACAACAUUAAAGGAAAUCUUAAACUUCAUCUGACAACCAUGUCAAUAUUUUGAUCUUGACUGACACUGAAAGUGGCCAUGUUUGUGGUUUUGUCGACGGCAGUUGACGUCAACAGAUGCUUGUGUCAUGCUGCUUUUCAAGUCUGCUUCCAUAAUUAGAAGUGUUAACUCGAUGCACUCCAAACUUUGAAUGAUGAAGCAUUUUGGGAGCAGAAGAAAAAGUGCUAUUAUAGAUCAUACAUCAUUUGAUUUGGGCCAUGACGGAUUUGAGGAACUACGCAAAUACAUCAAACAUGGCAGUGAGUUCACCAAAGAGGUGGCUGUCAUCUUACAAGAGAGGGCGGAUAUUGAAGGCACGUACGCCAAGGGGUUGGCAAGAAUUGGCAUUAAGCUAGCUAAGGCUGCCGGCACUGGGUUGGGGAGUUUAUCUGAUGGAUGGAAGACGGCAGCUGCGGCCAUGGAACAGGAGGCGGAGUUACAUAAAAAUUUAGCUGCUGGAUUGCUGGAAGAAAUUAGUAAACCCCUGAAAUCUGUUGUAGAAACGCAAAAUAAAGCAAGGAAGCCGAUCGAGGCCAUGGUAGAUAAAGCAUUCAGGAAUCUCACAGACAGAAGAGCGGACGAGUAUAAGGCCAAGAAGAACGCUGUGUCAUGUGCUAAAGAAUAUGAGAAGGUAGAGGAGUCAGAGGUCAAAUCAGGGAAGUCAAAAGACAUUGCAAAGAUGGAGAAGAAGAGUAAGAACUCGCUGGCGGCGGUGCGGAAGGCAGACAAGGAGUACACCGAGUGCUGCUACAAGGGGGAGACCUCCAGACAGGACUGGGAGUUCACCGUCUCCAAGGGUAGUACCCAGAUGCAACACUUAGAAGAAGAUCGCGUGAAGACGAUGCAGGAAUACCUCAACAAGUACAACAGUCAUUUAUCUGUGCUGCCUCCGAAACUGACACGGAUAUUAGACCACCUCAAUGAGAGUGUGAUGGCAGUUGACCUUCAGAAUGACCUUGAAAUUGUGGUGCGGGAGAAAGGCGUGAAGGGUGCCAGGAUGCCAGAGCAAGUGUUGAUGGACUGCUAUGCUGAAGAUACUCAGUUUAACAUGAACGCUGUGCGGCGGCGGAACGCGCUUCAGAACUACCUGCUCUACAUACAACAGAUGCUGGAGAGAGACCGCAAGGGCAAGGAGGGUGUACAGAAGCUGGUGGAUGUGUACAAGUCCAAGCCGAAUUUUGCUGAUGCUGAUGCUCAGGAAGAUGUGAAACAGAGAUUAGAACAGACCACCUUCACCCUCAACUUCCUGGAAGCUAGUCACUACAAGAUAGCCAAGUCCCUGGCCAAGCUGGACAAGAGAGACCCACCAGUUCAUAAAUUUUCUCAGUAUAUUGAGACCACCAGGGAAAAACAGGGUCACAUGGUCAGUUUGUUGAAGCUGCCGAUGAACCUGGCGCUGGAUGGCAACUCGGACUACACAUACUCAGCUGGCUCCGUCACGUCGCUCGGCUCUGUCGGGGACCACUACUCAACCGUCGAUCCAAGCUACGACGAUGAUGAGUUUGGUAAUGAUGAAUUUGACGAUUUCCCUCCAAACACACCGAUCGGCAGAUGUAAAGCUGUGUACGAUUAUGAUGCUGUUGAGGGAGAUGAGAUUUCAAUCAAACAAGGUGACAUAAUCUCGGUGUACGAGAAACUGGCCGACGGCUGGUGGCAAGGAGAACUGAACGGGGCCGUGGGGAUCUUCCCAUCAACGUACGUGGAGGAUAUAAAAUGAGGACCUGUCCGUCUAGCAUCUGGUGUACAUAGAGAUGUAUUUAUAUACAACUCCCAGCAUUCUGCAUAAUGUACAUAGCAGUAGGAGACCUACCCUUAAGAGGCCCUGUAUAUACACACUAGUGAGCUAUGGUCCGUAUUGAUGGGGCUGGAUGUCAUCUGGGUAUUUAUUGAACAGUUACACAUGCUCAUUUGUCGUAAAAGCAGGAAUGACAUUCUUGUCACAAAAGGAUAGUGUCAAGAGCCUUCAACAAAGUGGCCAUGGAUCAAGAGUGAAUGUCAGUGUUCAAAUGUAUGAGUUACCACUGUGAUUGCUCUGUGUGUAGUCUUGACGUAACAAGCACUGAGGUAGUUCUUGUUGCUGAGAAGACCACCAUUGUCACUAUUGGUCUUGUACACACUACGUUCUUCCAUCAGACCUGUAACUAGAUUCGACUCUAGCAAAUGAAAUGACUGAGUGAGUGAGUGAGUGUGUGAGUUGGGUUUGACGCCGCAUUUAACAGUAAUCCAGUUAUAUCACAGCAUGUCAGCUUAAUUUUGGAGGAAAGCCCGAAGUGAUGCAGGUCUCAGACG